CGGCGUGCUAAUGAGUUAGCCGGUUAGCUACUGCUAUCUAGUGUGUGUGUGCGCGCGCGCAGUGGAUGUGAUUUAUAUAUGACAUAGAAUAGUACUCCAGAAUAUAUUGUAUUUUAUUUUUAGGGUUAGCCAUCCAGGUAAUUUAAGUAUGCCCAGCAAAAAGAAGAAAUACAACGCCAGAUUCCCUCCGGCAAGGAUUAAGAAGAUUAUGCAGACAGAUGAAGAAAUAGGCAAAGUGGCUGCAGCAGUACCUGUUAUUAUUUCGAGAGCCCUGGAGCUUUUUUUGGAAUCACUGCUUACUAAGGCCUGUCAUGUCACCCAGUCUAGGAAUGCAAAGACAAUGACAACAUCGCAUCUAAAGCAGUGUAUUGAGCUGGAGCAACAGUUUGAUUUCUUAAAAGACCUGGUGGCAACGGUGCCGGACAUGCAGGGCGAGGGGGAAGAGAACCACACUGAGGGGGGAGGAGAAAAAGUCCCACGCAGGGGUCGAAAACCAGGGUCUGGUCGCAAGAACGGAGGGGCUGGCACCAAAGGCAAGGACAAGAAGUUGUCUGGCACAGAGUCAGAGCAAGAGGAUGACUCCGAGGACAGCGAGACAGAUGGAGACGAGGAGGACGGCUCUCAGUCAAGCACAAAUCAGCAGGCUGCAUCCAGGUUCCACAGCUCGAACUCACCCCAGCAGUACAUGCACAUGAGCAGCAUGGUCCCAGCGGGUGGUGCCAUGGCUCCUGCCCAGCCCCAGGGCGGCAUGGCCUUUGCCCCACACCCUUCCAUGAUGAGCGUCGCACCACCUCCCCCACCCCCUGCGCCGCACAAAAACGAGGAUGACGACGACGACGAAGACUAUGACUCUUAGCUCCCUCCUCUCUCCUCCUCCACCACUCACCACACACACACUCUUUACGCAUUAUUUUUCGAUUUGUUAAGUUGUUUUAGCGGCGGUCGCUCAAAGCAGAGGAGGGAAAGACUCUUCAUCACAGCCCGCUGACAGAAAAGCCCUCGGCAGCCGGCUGUAAGGGACAGCACAACAGGAGACAGGAAACUGGUUGUAUAUUAUGUGUUUUAAUUUUCUUUUUUGUUGUUGUUGUUGUUGUUUUCUUUUAAAAGAAAAGGUUUUAUUUUAUUGUAGAGGAGAAUCCAACGAGGAUGUUUUUUAACAAGUCAGUCGUUCUAUUUUGACUAUUAAAAAUGGCAGUCGUCACUGUUGCCAUGCGCCCUCGCAGACAGGAUAGGUGUGGUUUGUGUUGCCUGGUAGCUUUUUUUUUUUUGGCACUUUUCUUUCUUCCUCAGUCCUCUGUCGUAGACAUUAUGAAGUGAACACAUCAGUCACUCAAACCCUCAGGUCGGCUGAAAAAAAUCUAAGUGGUAGUUAAAGUCUUAUUAUAGCCUUUGAUGCUCAUACAAAGUUGAGAUGAGUUCAGGGCAACAGUACAUAAAGUAUUUGGAAGGAGAUCAGCACUUGGUCGAAGGGAAAGGAGGUCAUCGACUCACCCAUGAAGUGUUAUAUUACUAGGUUAUCAAUUGGCUAUGAAAUACCGCUAGUAAGAUGUGAGCCCUACUUCUCGGCUUUGUCACAACUUGCUAGUCAGUCCAAUUGUCAGGCUGUAACAUAAACAAGGAAGCAGGUGUAUUUUUACUCUACGUUAACUUAGCCACAGCUUUUUUGAAUUAGUUUCUAUUUUUAAUUCACGUUUUUAUCAAGAGAACUGUAAACCUUCACAACCACAUCCCUGAGGUCAACCAUAUCAGCUGGUUAUCGAUUUACAUUUUGUUGUUGUUGAUUUUGACGCUGUCAGAGCCUAUGGCCGUUUGGACCUCCCAUAUAUUUCUUUACACGGCCAUUAAAUUCCCCUUAUUUGCCCAUCAGAUGUAUACUGUGACCCCUGGACCAUAACUUU